AUGCUGACGUGUAUAGCGUGUACGAAGCAGCUAAACGCCAACAAUGGCGGAUCUACUCAACCGGAAGAUAGAGACGACGAAGUUAUUGGGACCCCCAGGAAUAAACAGGCGAUUAAAUCGCUGACGUCACAGCUAAAAGACAUGGCAGUAAAAGCUUCAGGGGCAUACAAAAACUGUAAACCGUGUUCUGGGGCAUCAAACCGGAAUCAUAACCGAAACUACGCUGAUUCAGAUGCUGCUUCUGAUUCUGGAAGGUUCCGUUAUGCUUACCAGAGAGCUGGGACUGCGAGCUCAACUCCAAAGAUUUGGGGCAAGGAAAUGGAGUCGAGGUUGAAAGGGCUUUCGAGUGAAGAAGGCACACCUACUUCCAUGAGCGGCCGAACGGAAUCAUUGGUGUUCAUGGAGGAGGAUGAGGUCAAGGAAUGGGUUGCGCAAGUGGAGCCUGGUGUUCUCAUCACGUUUGUGUCGUUGCCUCAGGGAGGGAAUGACUUAAAGAGGAUUCGGUUCAGCCGUGAUAUGUUUAAUAAAUGGGAAGCUCAAAAAUGGUGGGCGGAGAAUUUCGAGAAGGUCAUGGAGCUAUACAACGUGCAACAGUUCAAUCAAGAGAGCGUACCGCUCCCAACUCCUCCUGUAUCCGAAGAUGGGGGCUCACGAAUACAGUCCGCUAAGGACAGUCCUGUAACUCCACCACUGAACCGAGAGCAACCUCGAGGAAAAGGAUACUCCUCGUCUGAUUCCCCUUACCACCAAUCAGCAACCCAAACUCCUAAACCAUGCGACUCUGCUGGUCUUGCUUCAACACCAAAGGUCUCUAGCAUCAGCGGAACCAAGACUGAAACAGCAUCUAUUGACGGUGGUUCUGCUAGAAGUAGCUCGGUAGACGGAUCCGAGGGAGUCUCAGUGAGUAACGCAAGCGACGUUGAAACUGAAUGGGUAGAACAAGAUGAGCCUGGUAUCUACAUUACAAUCAGAGCUUUACCAGAUGGUAAUCGCGAGCUUAGACGCGUUCGAUUCAGCCGAGAUAAGUUUGGGGAAACACAUGCGAGGUUGUGGUGGGAACAGAACAGAGCUAGGAUACAACAGCAGUACUUGUGA